CAAUCUCUAAAAAAUGUCAUAAAAUAUCUCAUAUUAAUCACAAAUUUUGAGGAAGAGAAUUUCCUAAGUUUAAUUAUAUACACUUAACAUAUCCUGAAAAAAGGAAAUAGUAUGGGUCUAUAAUACCUAUUAUUAAGUUCUUAUCCUGAUUAUAGUUAGUUACUUGCUUGUUUGAUAAGUUUCACAAAGUCAAUAAGUGCAAAGUAAAAAAUGUCUAAGAUCACUAAAAAUCUUCCCCAUACGUGUCCAAUAUGUAGAAACAUUUUUUCAGCUAAAUGGAAAAUGAAAAUUCAUAUAUAUGGACACACGGGUGAACAUCCCUUUAAAUGUUUGACAUGUGAGAAAACAUUUGUUCAACGACGUCAAGUAAAGGAUCAUUUAUUGUCACAUUCUGAGAAGCGUCCUUAUAAGUGCACUACAUGUGGAAAAUCCUUCAAAACCAAUAUCAGUAUGAAGAGUCAUGCAUUGGUUCACACUGGAGGGUGGCGUCAUAAGUGUACUGAAUGUGAAAGAUCCUUUACAUGCCCAAGCCAUUUGAGGAAACACCAAUUUCAAGUUCAUUUAGGAGAACGACCUCAUAAGUGCACCAUAUGUGGGAAAUCCUUCACAACCAAUGGUAUAUUGAAGCAACAUACACUCCUUCACACUGGAGAACAACCUCAUAAGUGCACCAUAUGUGGAAAAUCCUUUACAAACAGCAGCAAUAUGAUGAGACAUACAUUGGCUCACACUGGAGACCGACCUUAUAAUUGCACUACAUGUGGAAAAUCCUUCACAACCAAAAGCAGUAUGAAAAUUCAUGCAUUGGUUCACACCGGAGGGCAACGUCAUAAGUGCACUGUAUGCGAAAAACCCUUUCCAUUACAAAGCCAUUUGAAAAAGCAUUUGGAAUUUACUCAUUUAGGAGAACGACCUCAUAAGUGCACCAUAUGUGAAAAAUCUUUCACAACCUACACUGUAUUGAAGAAUCAUACACUCCUUCACACUGGAGAGGGACCUCAUAAGUGCACCAUAUGUGGAAAAUCCUUUACAAAUAAUAGUAAUUUGAUGAGACAUACAUCGGUUCACACUGGAGAGCGACCUCAUAAGUGCACCAUAUGUGAAAAAUCCUUCACAACCUACACUGUAUUGAAGAAUCAUACACUCCUUCACACUGGAGAGCGACCUCAUAAGUGCAGUAUAUGUGGAAAAUCCUUCACAGUCAAAAGGAGUUUGAAAAUUCAUACAUUUUUUCAUACUGGAGAGCGACCUCAUAAUUGCACUAUAUGUGGAAAAUCUUUCACAACCAAAAACAAUUUGACGAAACAUACAUUAAUUCACACUAGAGAGUGACCAUUUAAGUGCAAUACAUGUGGAAAAUUCUUCACAAGAAGUGGUAAUAUGAAGAGACACAUAUGCGUUCACAACGGGGAAGGAUAACCUUGCAAGUGCACUAUAUGUGGAACUACAUAUGGAAAAUCCUUCAAAAUCAAUUGUGCAAUCAAGCAAUAUAAAUUUUGUGGCCUCAUAAUUAAUUGCACUAUAUGUGGAAAACCUUUCACAAAAAUACCAUAUGGAGAAACAUACAUUGAUUCACACGGGAGAGUGAACUCAUAAUUGCACUAUUUUGUGGAAAAUCCUUGACAUCAAAAACCAUAUGGAACAACAUACAUUGAUUCACACCAUAGAGUGAACUCAUAAUUGCAAUAUUUUGUGGAAAAUCCUUGACAUCAAAAACCAUAUGGAACAACAUACAUUGAUUCACACGGGAGAGUGAACUCAUAAUUGCACUAUUUGUGGAAAAUCCUUGACAUCAAAAACCAUAUGGAACAACAUACAUUGAUUCACACCGUAGGGUGAACUCAUAAUUGCAAUAUUUGUGGAAAAUCCUUCACAACAAAAUCUAUAUGGAACAACAUACAUUGAUUCACACCGUAGAGUGUACUCGUAAUUGCAAUAUUUGUGGAAAAUCCUUCACAACAAAAUCUAUAUGGAACAACAUACAUUGAUUCACACCGUAGAGUGUACUCAUAAUUGCAAUAUUUGUGGAAAAUCCUUCACAACAAAAACCAUAUGGAACAACAUACAUUGAUUCACACCGUAGAGUGUACUCGUAAUUGCAAUAUUUGUGGAAAAUCCUUCACAACAAAAUCUAUAUGGAACAACAUACAUUGAUUCACACCGUAGAGUGAACUCAUAAUUGCAAUAUUUGUGGAAAAUCCUUAACAACAAAAACCAACAUUUAUUCAUACAGUAGAGUGACCUCAUAAGUGCACUAUAAGGAAAAUCCUUCAUAGCCAAAAAAUAUAAUAAAGUCACAUGCAUUUGUUCAUACCAGAGAACGUCCGUUAGAAAUAUAAUUGAAUGGAAAAAGAAAUAUACAUUGGUUCAUGCAGGAGAGCAACCUUGUAAGUCUACUCACAGAGUGGUAAGGAACAGAGGAUACACUCCCUGGUACACUUAGGUGGUGUCUAGCACUAUAGUCGAAUAGAUUAUAGAAUAGGACUGGCCUUUGAAGAAGUAGGGGUUGCGACGUUGCCACGUCGUUCUUGGCUGGUGAGCUGACUUUCACCUAGAGCGGCAUCCCCCUUCCUCUUUCUUCCCACUUGUGGGGUAGUUCAGUUCAACACUUCAAAUUAGUAAUUUAUUUGUUCUUGGUGGUAACUUGUAUCGGUUAGUAUUGUUAUAUUUUUAUAUGGUAUGGAACACAAAGUUCAUCCCAUACAUUAUUAU